AUGGCGACCACUGCGGAGGCAAAGUUAAGACGGCAGACCAAGUUCCCGCCGGAGUUUGCGGAAAAGGUGGAUAUGAAAAAGGUCAACAUCGAGGUCAUGAAGAAAUGGAUCGCUGGCAAAAUAUCCGGAAUCCUGGGGAAUGAGGAUGAUGUGGUCAUCGAGUUAUGUUUUAAUUUGCUGGAGGGGUCGCGCUUUCCAGAUAUCAAGCUUCUACAGAUACAGCUCACCGGAUUUUUAGACAAGGACACUCCCAAGUUCUGUAAGGAACUCUGGAAUCUAUGCCUCAGCGCACAAACCAGUCCACUGGGCGUGCCCAAAGAGCUAUUGGAGGCUAAGAAACAGGAAUUGAAACAGGAAAAACUCGAAUCCGAACGACAGGCUGAAGAAGCUAGGCAGAGGAGGGAAGAAGAGAGGAUGCGCGAGCGUGAAUUGGAAGUGCUGCGGCAGCGGGAACGUGCCGAACGUGGUCGUGGAGGUGGCAGGGAUCGAUGGAGUGAUCGAGACGCCCGUUCGCCACCCCGGCGGAGGAGCCUGGACAGAUUUCGUGAUGGGCCCGCCCGGCGCAAAGCAGAUACUUGGGCUCCCUCGGGAGGUAGGAGUUCGCGCUGGGCGGAAGAUCGCGGUCGAUGCACCUCUAGGCCAACAUCCCUAUCUCCAUCCAGAUCUACGUCUCGUUCCUCACCAUCCCCAUCUCCGCACAGGAAGAGCCGUGGUCGUCACCGGCCACACACACGGCGUCGGCGAUCACUAAGUAGUUCCCGUUCGCUGGAUAGGAGGGGUCUCAAGAGGAGAAGAAGACGUAGCCCUGAUCGUGAUGACGAUCGUACUAGAUCUAGUUCUAUGAGUAGAUCAGAUCGCUCACGUUCUCGUUCUCCCAGAAGACACAGGAGAAGAUCCCCCAUCUACAAUGACCGCAGCAUGUCGCGCUCCCGCUCCCCGUCUCCAAGAAAUAGUCGCUAUCAGCGCCAUCCACCUUCGAUCUCUCGAUCCCGAUCCCGAUCCUCAUCUCGCCGAAGAUCACGAUCACGCACUCGAGGGAAAGGUGAAAAACGCGGUGAGAGGGGGGGGCGCUGGAGAAGAUCACCAUCAUGCGGUGCUAAAGAUGAUAAAAAAGGCGAACCACGAGCUGAUAAUGUUGGCAAGGACCAUCUUUUGAAAUCCCGCGAGGAUCGUCGUCGCCUAAGUCGCAGUCGCAGUCGUAGUCGCAGCCGAAGUAAACAUAGGCAGAGCCACCACCGCCGUCGAAGGAGCCCAAGCAGAAGUCGAAGCACAUCUCGCUCCCACUCUCGUUCUCGUUCUCGUUCUCGCAGCCCGUUCCGCGAUUGCGAGCGGGAGCGUGAACGUGGCCGUUGUCGCUCCCGUAGCCUUGUACGGCGUGAACCCAAGGGUGACAGGAAGAGGCACCAGUCUAUUGAAAGAUAUGCCCCAGCUGCUAGAAGACGCCGUAAUAAGAGCGCUUCGGCUUCCCCACCUCCUCCCGUAGAGAAACGGCAACUGAUGGCUGAUUCACAUGAAGAAGACAAAAGAGAAGACGAGGAUGCAGCAAUAAAACGAUCAUCCGCUUCUCCUGGCCUGCGUAACGGAGGUUCAGAACUGAAAGAGAAGGAGGAUGGGAAAGUGAAGGAACACGAGAAGGAGAAAGCUAUGAGCACUGACGAGAAGCCAGCCCAGCCCUUGAAAGCCCGUUUAACGGGUACGGAGCUACGUGAGAGACUAGCACGGGAGAAAGUUAAGGCAUUGCGCCGAGAAAGCGCAGAGGUGAAGGCGAAUGCUUCGCAAACAGAGUAA